GCGAUGUGUAUUGUGACGGAGGGGGCGGGGUGCGGUGGAGGGGCUGUUUGGUCUUUUUUUUUAUAUAAAAUUAUUUAUUUAAAUAAAAAUGGCCGCUGUGGAGAGCGCGGAGGAGAGGCUGGAGCCAGAACCAGGAAGCCCGGAGGGACCAGUCGAGCCCCAGGCUCCCAACAGAGACAAGUCCCAUUCCAAGAAGACUCAUCGAGAGCGUCUUGAUGUCGAGCAGGGAGCGGUCAGAACCGACUCAGCUAAAAGGCUGCCAGCACAGAGCCAGGAGGCUGAGCCAGAGGCCGGUCCCUCAGAACCAAGACCCCCGUCUGAAUCGGAGGAAUCUCCCAGGCAGCGGCGCUCAGUCAUUCGAGAUCGUGGGCCGCUGUAUGAUGACCCCACACUUCCACAGGGCUGGACCCGCAAACUGAAGCAGAGGAAAUCCGGACGCUCCGCAGGAAAGUUUGACGUUUACCUGAUCAACUCAGAGGGAAAGGCGUUUCGCUCCAAGGUGGAGCUUUUGGCAUACUUCCAGAAGAUCGGGGACACCACCACUGACCCCAAUGACUUUGAUUUCACCGUCACUGGUCGCGGAAGCCCCUCCCGGCGGGAAAAACGUUCUCCCAAAAAACCAAAAGUGGUAAAGCCAUCCGGGCGAGGCCGUGGGCGCCCCAAAGGUAGCGGAAAGGUGCGCCAGGCUACUGAGGGCGUGGCCAUGAAACGUGUGGUUGAGAGGACCCCAGGCAAACUCCUGGUGAAAAUGCCCAUUGGCAAGGCAGAGAGCUCCACUGGAACCACGGUGGCAUCUCCUGUCCCGUCUUCCAAGUCCCGCCCUGGCAGAAAGAGGAAGUCUGAGCAGGAGCUCCAACCUCCACCUCAACCGCCUUCUAAGAAACGUGGAAGAAAACCGGCGUCGUCCUCCACGGCAGCAGCAGUUGCGACAGCAUCCACCUCCUCUGCGGCAUCGUCUGGCAGUUCGGCAGCAGGAAGCUACGCCGUCGCCGCCAUGUUGGCUGCUGAGGCCAAACAGAGAGCUGGAAAGGAGUCUUCUGUCAAACCAACUGUCCAGGAAACCGCCCUGCCCAUUAAAAAACGCAAAACAAGGGAGACCGUGGAGGAAGUGGAGAGUGUUCACACGCCCAUGGUGACUCCUGCUGAGAGCCAAGUGAAAGCUUUGGGAGGGGAGGAGGGAGGAACGACAGAGAGGGCUUCCAGUUUGGAUCUUCAGGAAACUCCCCCUGAACAGAGCCAGUCACAGUCACUGAAGAGCACUGGUGGGCCGCAGACACAGAAGGGGCGGAAGCAUAAGGAGAAGACAGGGGAUGAAGGCAGCAGACAACCAGAAGUCGCUGAGGAUAAAGGAGGAGGUGGCAGAAGUAGCACUGGCCAUGCCAAAAGCCACAAAAGGAAGGAGAGACCACCUCACAAACACCACCAACACCACCAUCAAAGCCACCAACAGGCCUCUGCUGCAGGGUUAGACCAGCGGCCGUGUCCUGUUCUCUCUCCAGUCACUGAACACCCAGACUCUUCCCGUAAGUCAAGGCCAGAGGUCAAACCUCACUGCGGGCCUGAGCCCAGCUCCGAAGUCUCCCGGCAGGUGGCACCCGGGCCACUUCCUGGACCGAAAUCCGUUCCUGGGUCUGAGUCCAAGCCUCGUCCUCGUGUUUCUCAACUGCACCCUGAGCCUCAGCUCUGUCCUCAGUCACAAGUUCCCGGUCAGACACAAGCCCAAACACAACAGGUGGUCCCCCAGUCCUCCCCUGCCUGGCACGUCAUGGCCCAGCCACCAGCCCAAAGAUUCCCAACCCAAAUCCACAGUCACCCUCAGUCUAACAGUCAGAAACUCCAGUCCAAACCUGCCCACUCCCCAUCUCAGCACAGAACACAGCUUCAGGACCCGUCUCAAUCCACAGCCAGGCCACAGGUUCAUCCACAGCAAACCAGACACCCACAGUCACAGACCCAACCCCCUACAGCACCCCCGCUUCUAAAACAAGCUCCACCCCAAACCCAUUCCCAGAUGAGACAACAGUCCCCACCCCAGUCAUCGCUUCAGCCUCAACUCCACAGCAGAAUUCCAGUCCAAUCCCAGUCGAAGCUUCUGACCAGGACCCCAACGCAACCCCAGUCUCAGCCCCAACCAAGAGCCCCGUCACAACCUCUGACCAGGACCCCAACACAGUACAGGGGCCAACUUCAAGGCCAGCACAAGUUUCAGCCCCAGCCUAGAACCUCAGUCCAAUCCCAACCCCGAAUCUUGACCCAGCUUCAUUCUCAGCCAGAGACUCAGACCACAUCACAGCUUGAGGGCCAGCCUCACUCCAGGACCCCCUCCCAGACACAGUCUCUUCCACAGUCCAGAAUUCAGAUGGAGUCCCAUUCCGAACCCCAGGUCAGGACCUCUUCCCAACCUCAGCUUCUACCCCAAUCUCGGCAUGAAGUGCCCCAACCACAGAUAAAGCCCCCUCUGCAACACCAAACCCAGCCGCAGUGCAGACCCCAGCCUAGACACCCCCUGUCCCAUUCCAGACCGUCUGUGCUCCAUUCUCAAGUGCAGCCCCAGUUCCAGAGGAUUCAUAUACAACACCCUGAGCCCCCCCGUCAGCUAACUAGUCCACAUGCACUCCACCCGUCUCCCCCCACCCUCACUCCGACCAAUCCCGUCCCCGUUCACCAGACUGAGCCCCAGGACCUGAGCACCACCCGGCCCAGCCGGGACAGCCAGCUUCUGCGGAAAGAGGCCGGCGUGGAGGGUGUGAGGGCCGAGGGGCGGGGGGAGCCGAUCACAGCACCUGAGAACAGAGAGUCAAACAGCACGUCAGUGCCUCCCACCCCCCCGGGAGCCAGCGGGGCAGCGGGGGUUGGUCUUGUGGCUGGUGUCGACGGUAGGGCGAGGCUGCCUGAGGACAUCGUCUCCGCCGUGCCCCGUCCCAGCCGGGAAGAGACCGUGGAGUCGAGGACUGCCGUCAGCGAGCGGGUUAGCUGAUUGGUCGGACGGAGUCAGAGCCGGGGGGAGGACUGUGGCCAGGCUGCUGGGGGUGGGGCGCCUCGCAGGCCUGAAGGAGCAGCGCAGCUUCUGUUUCGACUGUCGGGGUUUGAGAGGACGCUGGUCUGUAGCGACGGCCAGAGUCAACACAAAACUCUGUGUGUGUGUGCGUGUGUGUGUGUAUAUAAUCAAAAGGCAGCUGUUGUGUCCCGCUGGUCUCUGUGGGAAAGGCGGGGGUUUGAAACCGUGACGCUUAACGCAUUACUCCGAUGAGAUGUUGCUUCCAGAAUAUAACCUGUUUAGUUUUUGUUUGUCAGCAAUUUUUGUCUGUUUUCUAGAGCUUUAAACUCUUGUGUUACUGACAGAGUGUGAUGAUGGUCCUGAAGGCCUCAGAGCAGAUGUGAGGCGCCGUCUUACGGUGGCCCUGAAGGCCAAAUCACUCAACGCAGAAACUGUAAAUUUCACACAAUUAAAAAAAACAAAACAGUUGAGAAAAAAAAACAACAUUACAUUUUAGGAAUUGAAGCACCAUUAAAAAAAAAAAUAAAUGUUUUGCAAAACAAAAGUAAUUUUUCAGAAAUCAAAAAUAUAGAAAACCUUAAAAGGUCGGUACUAUGGGAUGACGCCGUUUGUUCUUCUUUUCAACUGGAAGGUAUUUGGCAUGGUGAUAUCUUACAACAAUGUCUUUAAGCUUUUGGCCACGCCCACUUCAAAAGUCUGGUGAGAAUCAAUUCCUUCCCACAGUUCCAACACAUUCUCAUCCCUAAGUCGUCAUAUUUUGACGUUUGGCGAAGGACCGCUCUACGCCACUUUUUGAUGUUUUGUGUGUCCCAAAUUUGUCGUUUUUUGACGUGCUGGAUGUUCGUAAAAUCAAGGGACAAGUCCGCAACCCUCGGAAUAUGGUACGGGACAAGGACUGGUCCUUGUAGCAUCUGACCCAGUACUGGUACCCUAACCUGGUACCGGACGCGGUACUAGAAGCAAUACUGGACCCGGACUGGUUCUUGGGACAUGUCCAAUAGCUGUACCUAAACCCAGUACUGGUACCCUAACCCAACACCAGUACCGGAACUGCGUUAGGGUACUGGAGGUUGGGGACCCGUGAUUUUAACCCUUUAACCAGCUCAGUGGCCUUGUGGUAGAGUGUCCGCCCUAGGACUGGAAGGUUGUGAGUUCAAAUCCAGGCCAAGUCAUAUCAAAGUCUCCAAAAUUGGGCCCCUGUGCCUCCCUGCUUGACACUCAGCAUUAUGGGAUUGGAAUGGGGGGUUAAACCACCAAAUGGUUCCUGAGUACGACUGUGUCUGCCGCUCACCCCUCCCCCAGAGAGGGGUCAAAGGAAGAGAACUAAUGGGACUUUUAACUUUUACACCGGAACGCCAGUGUUUCUGUUCUUUGAUUUACUGUAACUUUUUAACCGUUAACACGAUAAUUCCAGAAGAUUCUGAAGGAGAGAAGUGGCUUGCUUUUUGUGUAGAAUCUACAGUAUGUUAAAGAUUUUGUGUUUAAGCAUCACUGGCGACACUUCAGGUGUUAAGGUGCAUUCACAUAGAAUUUGUGCCACAAAUUCGUGUGUCCCGCCCCUCUCUUGUCGUGCAACAAAUUCGCUGCUCGCCUGUCAAAAAAUGUGUUCCUGAGCUUAACGCUGCCAUAUGUGGGAGGAGCUACCAGCUAAUGUUUUUAGGAUAAUGCUAAAAGGAACGAUGUCAGUGGAUAUCUCAAUUAGAAUGUAGGAAGACACAGAUGAUGUUGAGAAAUCUGGUUUAUUUAUUGUUAAGAUUUCUCCAAAAUGUCAGUGACCGUGUCUCCAUGCUCGGGUUUAUAUGAUUAUUAUUAAAGAUUUUUCCGGUAAAGGGGGUUGUGUCUGAAUGACAGCCACUUCCACAGUGUUUCUGUGUCUCUGUGGCUGAGCUUGAAGGCUCUCUUGUCUCGUAUUAACCCAAGGGGUAAAACUAAAAUUAGGAGACCUUUUGGUUCCUUAACCAAACGUCAACAUGUGACGUCUUGGCGAUGAGAAUGUGUUGACAGUUCAGGUCAAAAAUCUUUCUGUUUUUCCUCUUCUUCAAAACUGAAACGUCGUCAUCCAAUCAGUGAUGUCCCAUAGUACCUACCUUUAAGGUUUCUUAUGGAAUUUAGUUCUGCUUUAUAAAAUGUAAUGCUGUUUUGUCAUUAUUUGUUUUGUUUUUUAACUGUCAUUGUGAUCUUUAAUAUGUUUUUGUGUUGAGAGAUCUGUUAUUGGGAUUGGCCCUUCAGGGCCACCGUAUCCUCUGCACCUUAAAACGCUUCCUUCUCACUUUUUUUUUAAUUUAAUAUUUUAUUUCCUCGGUUUUAAACCUCAUUUGAGCAGGAAGAAGGCCGUCCCAUCUUAGACCUUCCCUGUUCUGCAUCUACAAAGCGCCCUCAUGGUCUGGCAUGUCAGAGGCCCUCCGCCCCCCCAUGCAGAAACUGGGGGGGCGGGUUGCUUUUCUGAGGAUGCCAGCCGUCUUCCAGGAGUUUUGUGAGCUGCUCAUCAUAAGUCUGUUUGUUUUCAUGAUGUUUGGUCUCCAAAGGAAGCACUUUAAAAACCAAACCCACCCGGAAGUGUGUGUGGGGGGCUGCUCAUUCAUCACUCCCCCCACUUUCCACUUUACAAUCAUCCACCUGCACGUUGCUCACCUGUAGACCGAUCAAACCAGAAGCUGGCGUGUGGUUUGACACGUGCAAACAGAAAUGUCUGAGCUUCAGCCUGAGAGUCACAGGAUCUGCCUCUGGGUCACGCUCAGCCUCAGAGGUUCUGCUUAGAACCUUCGUCCUCACAUGGAACAGUUCACGUUGAGAGUUUGGUGGUUGAAAGAGUCUGACUCACCUGACAGUGCAGGUAAGUUGAGAGGAAAACUCCUCGUCACUCUGUGGAAGGCACUAACUCCAUGUUAGGUUGGAGAAGUGAACUCCUUUUCAGCGAUGAAACUGCGUAGCAGCAAAACUCCUCCAAACCAUGAUGGGUCAAUGAAGGCCCGGUUCUGAUUGACAAAUAGCUGUGGCCCAAAUGAGAAAGAGGUUUUGUUGGAACCAGAACCCAGGCUUCAGAGACACCAAAAGCCUGGCUGUUCCUGUGGAGAGUUUGUGUUAUGGUUUUAGUGAAGAGCAGUAAGUAAGUCAUGUGACAGGAUGCUGUAGCGUCCUGUGCAGCCUUCCCGUGAGCCUUGAGGCUCCCGUGACCAUCUCUGCUCAGAACUUUCUGAACUCACAGUUUCAGGCUUUGCUAGUUUCCUGUUUUGAUGGAGGGAGAAGCACAAGAUCUCCUGGAGUCGGUCAGGAUGUUCAGAGAGAGAUUCCUCCGUCUGUGUUGACUAGAACUGGCAGAAAUCCAUGAGACGCUGGGAUGUUCUUGCUGAGGGUUCUACAGGAAGUCCUGGUUCCUUCACUUGUAAGAUGACGGCUGACCUUGAGCUAUGUUCACAUCGCUGUCGGCAAUGUGCGUUCAAGCGGCAACUUCCAAUGAAAAGUCUAUGUGAGUGCACGUUUCAGGCUUCCGUGUUCCAAACUCUUUUGUUCAUGUUUCACUGCACAAGUUUCUACGACCGUUUUAGGGCCCUACCCUCAAAACGAAGUGAAACCACUCGACCAAUCAGAGACUGGGAUUUGGUAGUGAGGUAUGGAUGCCACCCCCUUUAAUUCAUAGAAAUUCAAACUCUUUGAAAAUUGAUCAUGAAGGAGAAGGAGGAGCUUUGCUCUUGUGGCCACAUCGUGAACCGUCUCGAUCUUCUGGACCAGAACUGGCUGAUCUAUGGGGUUCAUUGAGCCGGACGCUCAGUGAAGGUCGCCAAUCCGUCUGCCAAUCAGGCUUCAGAUUCAAGACUUUGUGCCCUUGGGCCAUACGUCUGAUUGCAAUUUAUUAUUGAGUAAGGAGUCCAGCUAGGUGAGGUUUGAGUCCGGUUGUGUUGUCAGUCCCUCUUCACUGAGUCAAUGUACCCACAAUUACACCAACAGGAAGUGGGUGCUGUUUGUGCCUUAAUGUGUUCUAAAAGGUGUUGCGCUUUUUUUUUUUUUGUAUCCAUCCAUCUUCAGAACUUGUUGAAUCCCUUUCAGGGUCACAUGGUUGCUGGAGCCUAUCCCAGCAACAGUUGGGUGAAGACGGAGUACAACCUGAACAGGUUACUAGUCUGAUGCAGGGUCGCACAAUCACACACCUAUUUAGAGACACCAGUGAAGCUUUGAAGCAUGUUUUUGGAGAAAUCUGAGAACAUGCAAACUGGAAGGUCCCAGCUGGGAUUUGAACCAGGACCUACUUCCUGUAAGGUAAAAAGUAGUCCUACAGUAUACUUAGUCUAUACUAAAAGUGAGGCAGUGUACUUGUAUUAUAAACUUAAAAUGUUACAAUUUAGAAGUAUUUCAUUAGGAUACGUCCUCCAUUACGCAUACAUGGUCUCUAGUUAUACUCAAGACUGUUGUCAUAGGGACUCAAACCUUCAGAUCCGUCGUUUCUAGCAUCUUCCUGCAGACAUGUUGUUGGGAUUCUGUGACUCUCAGCCCUGAACCUUCAGAGAUCCUCCUCUUCGGUCUGUUCUUCAGACUGGCAGUCGAGUGUCCUCAUAGGGGCCCCGCUCUAAACCGGAUCGGACCGACCUCGACUGCAGUAACCAGCCAACAUAUUGCAUGUUCCUGAGUUUAGUGCCUAUAUUGUUGUGCGUCUUGCCAGAAGCCACCAUGUCAGCUGAGCCAUGUUGUGUUUCUAGACUUAGUGAUGUGCAGUGACUUCAUAGUUGCUAAUAUCCAGGAUGAAUAUUCCGCUUUUCUCUGGUUCAGUGAAACUCCAGAACUCACUAUUGCUGUAGACAAACUAGUUUUUAUCUGUUUUCUUAUUUUUCUUUCUCACUAAAAGCGUUUGGUGUCCCCUCA